AUGUCUUUUGCUCUCCGAUCCGCCACCCGCGCUCUCCCCCGCGCCGCCGUCAACACCACCACCCGCGCAUUCUCCUCGACGGUCGUCUACCAGAAGACGGCCACGCAGACGGUCAAGGAUGGCGUCAAGUCGGUGGACCAGGCCGUGAGCAGCAAGAUUGUCGACGGCAUCGACGCCGCUGAAAACGCUGCUGAAAAGGCCAAGCGGGCAUCCCAGGAUGCCCUCGGAAACAAGUCGGCCGCCGGCAAGGCCGAGGAGCUCAAGGGCCAGGCCAAGGGCGCUGCCGAGGAGGCCAAGGGCAAGGCCAAGGGUGCCGCCGAGGACAUCAAGAAGAGCCUGUAA